GCUGAUAAACCGAAAGCAGGCGCCGAAGUAGGGAGUCCUCAUGGUGCUGCGGUGCACGCUAAAUCUGCCACCGAAUUGCUAUCAGACUCUUCGCUCGCGCACCCGCCCAAAUUUGAUCCUUCGCAGUUCUGACGCCGGAAUCCGAUCUACAUGCAAAAACCUUGAUCCGCACCGUUUUUCCGUUUAUUGCGCGGGAAAUUGAGCUUCUGGCUCGCGGCCGUUACUCAGUGAGUGAAACCGAGUCGCCAUGGCGGGGAGGACGGACUCGGAGUCCAUCCGGGUGCCGUACAGGAACCUGAGGAGGGAGGCGGAAGUGGAAAUGAUGGUGACGGACGAGCCUCAUCAUCGUAUCGACCUCAAUUCGUCUACGUCUUCCUCCCCUAGGGUUCCAAAUGGGGGCGGCGGCGGCGGCCUCUCGCCGUCCGGUCAGCCCGGACACAAACACAAUACUCUUUUGACGCUUAUUCUGAGCUGCACGGUCGCCGCCGGCGUACAGUUCGGUUGGGCGUUGCAGCUUUCGCUUUUAACUCCCUAUAUACAGACGCUCGGAAUAGGGCAUGCAUUUUCUUCAUUUAUUUGGCUUUGCGGCCCUAUUACAGGCCUUGUGGUUCAACCUUGUGUUGGUAUUUGGAGUGACAAAUGCUCUUUAAAAUUGGGAAGAAGGCGCCCCUUCAUUCUUGCAGGAUCUCUCAUGAUUUCAGUUUCCGUGGUGUUAAUCGGGUUUUCUGCAGACGUUGGAUAUUUAUUAGGAGAUACAAAGGAGCAUUGCAGCACAUUCAAAGGUACCCGGACAAGGGCAGCUUUUGCCUUUAUUAUUGGAUUUUGGUUGCUGGAUCUUGCCAACAAUACAGUGCAGGGACCAGCUCGUGCUCUUCUGGCUGAUCUAGCAGGCCCCGAGCAACGCAAUACUGCAAAUGCUGUGUUUUGCUCAUGGAUGGCCUUUGGUAACAUCCUAGGAUUUUCUGCUGGUGCAAGUGGAAAUUGGCACAGAUGGUUUCCUUUCUUGUUGAGUAGAGCUUGCUGUGAAGCCUGUGGAAAUCUUAAAGCAGCAUUUCUUAUUGCAGUGAUCUUUCUCACUUUGUGUACACUUGUUACCUUAUAUUUUGCUGAGGAGGUUCCACUCACUAUGUAUCAGCAGAAUCCUUUAUCAGAUUCUGCUCCUUUAUUGGAUGAUCCCCAACUAAAUCCCCAACAAAGUCGUCUUGAGCUUUCGAAGUUAAAGCGUGAUAAGCAAGUUAUUGAUAAUGCAAAUGGAAGCAGAACUGACUAUGAAAGGGAUAAGAAUCUAAAGGAGGCCAUCUCAAAAGUUGAGGAAGAUAAGAAUGGUGAUUUUAAUGAUGGACCUGGAGCAGUGUUAGUCAAUCUAUUGACCAGUUUAAGGCAUUUACCACCAGCGAUGCAUUCAGUGCUAAUUGUUAUGGCUCUUACAUGGUUAUCCUGGUUUCCAUUCUUUCUUUUUGAUACGGAUUGGAUGGGUAGGGAAGUAUAUCAUGGGGAUCCGAAUGGGAACUCAGCCAAAGGACAAGCUUAUGAUCAGGGUGUCAGAGAAGGUGCAUUCGGUCUAUUAUUGAAUUCAGUUGUUCUUGGCAUCAGUUCUUUCCUAAUUGAGCCAAUGUGUCAGCAGAUGGGUGCAAGACUAGUGUGGGCAAUGAGUAAUUUUAUUGUGUUUGCCUGCAUGGCAGGCACCGCUAUCAUAAGUUUGAUAUCCGUUGGAGAGUAUUCUAAAGGGAUUGAACAUGUAAUUGGUGGGAAUCAAAAUAUCAGGAUUGCUUCCCUGAUUGUUUUUGCUCUUCUUGGCUUCCCUCUUGCUAUUACCUACAGCGUUCCCUUUUCUGUUACAGCAGAGUUGACUGCUGACGCAGGUGGUGGCCAAGGAUUGGCUAUUGGAGUUUUGAAUCUUGCAAUUGUUGUUCCACAGAACCAGGCUUCUUAUUUCAUAUGCAAAAUUUUGACCUGAUCAUGGACCAGGUUUGGCCUUGGAGAGUGCCAAAUUCUAGAUAGGCCCAGCCUGAACCCGACAAAAGUGAAGUAGAAGUUCGGAGCAAGGUGAAGCCUAUGAUCAGGUCUAGUAGUGUGGCGGUGUAACCUGGGUCCUGAUAUCUGCAUUUGGAUAAACCUGUUUCUUAUUCCUGUCCCUCCCGUUUCAUGGACUGACCGUUCAUAACUUUUUUAUUUAGAACUUUUUCUUCUUCAAGUUUGGUAGUGCUGAUUUCAUGUUCCUCGUUGAUAUUGCGUAGAUGAUUGUGUCUCUUGGUGCGGGGCCAUGGGAUGCUUUAUUUGGGGGAGGAAAUAUACCUGCCUUUGUUUUGGCCUCCUUCGCUGCCCUUGCUGGUGGCAUCAUCGCAGCUCGCAGACUACCAAAUCUAUCGAGUUCUUUCAAUUCAACAGGUUUUCAUUUUGGGUAAUGACAGAAGUAGUUCACCCGAUCGGCUAAUGACAGAAGCAGAUGAUGACCACCCCGCGUACGAUUCAACCAUGCAUGAGCAUUUGCUCUCCAAGGGAUUGCUCUGGCUCUGGCGCUGGAAUUAUGCGUACGUAUACACUUACCAACCGAAUUACCCAUUCCGUAAAUUUAUUCAUUUUUUUUUGCCUCACUUCUUAUGCAGAGUGUAUAUUGUCAGGUACAUUGAAAAGGAUAAUACAUACAUGCAUAUAAUGUCAAUGCCGCUCUCGGAAAAUUGUUCACUUCCUCCUCAUCCGAUUAACAUUUUACGAUUGGAUAUGUAUAUAUUUCAUAAGACUUUUGUUUUUGCCUUGUAUAAAGCAGCAAGUAUGUUGUGGCCGGGUUCCGGCAAGCGUGACCUGAAGUGGCCGGUGGCUACCACUACUUUCCCAUUCCCGGUAACCCGAAUUUGAUGGAAGUAAACGUUAUUUUGAUUAAAAGUUCAUGAUAAUAUACAAUCAAGAGACACGAGUAAAUGAGUUUAUAUGAUGUUGAUGGAGGUUAAUUGGUGGGUUUGUAUUAGUCUAAUCAUCCUUUAUUUC